AUGUUGCCUUCUCGUGAGGUCGUCGCCGCGCGCUUCGCCGCGGCGGUGAGGCAGGCCAAGUCCGAGCGGAUCCCUCCACCGCCCGGCGCAGCCUGUCGCGGCAGGCUUGCCUGCGACGUGGACCGCUCGGAGGAGGCUGAGCUGAGGAGGCUCGAGAGCGGUGCCCCUGUUACGGCAUCGGUGCAUGUGAACCUGAUCGAUGACGACGAGGCGCCACCGCAGGAGAGCGGCCGCACGCCGCUCGACGAGCUCGACGCGAUCGACGACUCCGCGCUGAUGGAGGCCGUGGAGGCUGCUGCAGCGGAGCGCAGCGGCGGCGAGGCGCCCGGGCUCGCUCCCUGGUACUCGAAGCGAGCUGCGCCUGCCGGCAGCAGCGACGACGGCGACGACGGCGCCGAGCCGAUCGAGGCGGCAAAGGCACGUCAGCCGGCGGACGACGGCGAGGACGACGAGGACGAGCUCGUGGUGGGGCCUCCGCCCAAGCAGCAGAGGGCGGCCGAGGGCGGCGUCCGGUUCGGUUGGGAGGCGGUGGCGAGCCGGGCCGGGGAGGCUGCGUUGCGCGACAAGGCGUCGUCCGCAGUGGUGCAGCAGGACGCGGUGAUGAGCUCGGUCUUUGGGGAGGCGCGCGGCGACGGCGACGAGGCGCGAGCCGCGCUGCUGGCGCAGGUCAACGAGGCUGCUCAGAAGAAUGCCCGGCUGGAGCUGCAGAGCCGCUACUGA